GAUAUGCAUGUCCCGGCAGGAUGGGGACAUACGCAGCUUAGCACAAAGUCGGCGACGGAGCCUGAGAAGAGAGGGAACGGUCUUCCUGGGAGGCAAAAGCCAAGAAGGGGAAGAUCUUCCUUGAUGAUGGUUGGGCCACCCUGGGGCAAGGAAGCCAAAGCAGGACGGAGCAGGGAGUGUCUGCAAUGAGAUGGACGCGCUGGAAAAAUGGAGGGGAGAGGUGUUAUUGCAGCGGCGAUGGGAGUUUGCCAGCCUGAACUGGGACACCGAUCAUCUGGCUGGUCCGCUGUCUUCUCCAAUGGGUGUUAGAGGUGUGACAGGGGCUGAUGGUGGAGACGUCUUCCAAAGGGAACCCCCCCACUUCAGAAGAUUUGGGACUGUGCCUGCCUUGGGUCACCAGAGAGGGCCCAUAGGAUUAUGAAUCGUAGAGCUGCAAGGGGACCCCAAGGGACAUCUGGUCCAACCCCCUGCAAUGCAGGAAUUGCAGGUUCAGAAUCCCUGACAGGUGAAAACCUCCAGUGAACUGAAGGGGGUCUUGUGCUCUCCUGUGAAGCAAAGGUCUCAAUUUUUUUCCAGUGCUUUUCUGGGAAACAGCCCAGCAAAGAUACUUUCCAGUGAACCAGCAGGGGAGGAGAACGGUGAGGAGAGCUUUGGGUGACCAUCGUUUGUCAUCUCUGAAUAGAUCAGGAUGGGGGGACCUGCCUGCUGCCUGAGGCCUCCGUCCCCAGCAAAUGCUGGGGCCUUCAUUAAAGUGUUCAUCCUCCUCCUGUUCUGCAGACACGCUGACUCCCACUGCAAGAUCUCGCGCUGCAAUGCCCAGUAUUGGGCCGCCACAGAGAACCUGGACGACUUGGUUGCGACGGCCGCUCGCUGCGAUGCUUUGCGCUCCUACUCCAGCUGCACGCGCCGGACGGCCCGCACCUGCCGCGGGAACCUGGCGUACCAUUCUGCUGUAUAUGGCAUCGAAGACCUCAUGAUCCAGAACAAUUGCUCCAGGGAGGGGCCCACGUCCCUGCCCCAGCUGCCCCAGCCGCCGCUCGACCCCCAGGGCUUCGCAUCCCUGGACAUCUGUGACUACGAGAAGAGCUUUGCCCGCAAACACGGGCAGGCCCCCACGUACCAGCACUGCGUUGCCUUCGGGGACCCUCAUGUGCGCACCUUCAGGGACCAGUUCCACACCUGCCAGGUGGAGGGUUCCUGGCCACUCCUGGACAACAACUACCUGUUUGUGCAGGCCACCAGCUCUCCCGUCGUUAAAGGGUCAAACGCUACCGCCAUCAGCAAGCUCACCAUCAUUUUCAAGAACAUGAAGGAGUGCAUCGACGAGAAGGUCUACCAAGCGGAAAUAGACAACCUGCCAGCGUCUUUCGUGGAUGGCUCAGUGAAUGGCGGAGCGAGGCCUGGGGGGAGCAGCCUGAUCAUCUAUGAGCGCAUGCCAGGGCGGCAUGUGGAGAUCCGAGCAGCGCACGUUGGCACCACAAUUGCCGUGCGCCAGGCGGGCAGGCAGCUCUCCUUCUCCAUCCGGGCGGCCGAGGAGGUGGCUCUCUCCUUCACGGACGAGCAAGAUUUGCAGCUCUGCGUGGGAGGUUGCCCGCCCAGCCAGCGCAUCUCUCGAAGCAAGGGCGACGGCAGCGGUGCCCUCGAGAAGGCCCGUCUGCUGUGCAAGGAGAAGCUGCCCAUUGAGGAUGUCUACUUCCAGGCUUGUGUCUUUGACGUGGCGACUUCGGGUGAUGCCAGCUUCAUUCUGGCUGCCCACGGGGCGCUGGAAGACGGCAAAGCGUACCACCCGGACAUCAAUAAACUCCACAUCUUCCAUACAGACAGGGCCGUGCACCCCUGCAGCUCGCCUCUCCUCGUUUUCAUGUCAGUCAUUUUAGCCUGUCACACGCACUUUUAUUGGUGACUAUUUCUAUUCUGUAAUGGCAAGGGAUCGGCAGAUGUGGCUGGCUUCUCGUAAAGCCAGGGCCUUAAAAGAAUUGAGGGAUGGGCUCCCCCAGCUCAUGUUGGAAUAUUGGUGCCCCUGGAAAAGCUCUCCUGCUAGUGUUUGCUACCCUCUUGGUGUCAUGUAGGCCACCUCCUUAAGGCUUGGGUGCUUCUUGGCAUCCUCUGGAGCAUCUGUUGCCACUGGGAUUCAUGGGAAUUGUACUUUCCCAUGGAUCCCAGAAUUUAAAAAAUUGGCACAGGAUGCAUGGGAAACUUCGGUUCCCAUGCAUCCUGGUAAAAAUGGAAAUAAUGAGCCCUGCUCCCCUGGAAACAAAAUGUGGGCACAUCACUGGUUGAAACGCAGAAGACACCAAGGCUGAAGACAAACAAGCGUGGAGUAGCAACUGAUAAGUUUCAGGAAAUGGGCUGAAACAAUGAAAGUUGGACUCUCAGAGCAUGUAACUUUUUUUCAGGGAGAGGAUGGGUUGGGAGAAACAGAGCAACAGGUGCUGGGCAUCCUCAGGUAACCUUAGCAACCAUGGCAAUCUACCAAACACUGUAAGUUGCCAUUCC